AUGGCAAGCAGCAGUCUUCGACGUCAACCUCGUGGGUUCUUUCGAGGCGUGUCUGACCGCUUCUUCUCCUGGAUAUUUGGCUUCCCUCCAGAAAGAUGCAACUUCACCACACUACCCUUGCGUAUUCCCAUCUCCAAUGGCUUGUCACGCAUAGAGCUCGCCGCGGAUUUGUACCAGCCAUUGCGUCCGGACGGCGUCAAACCACUCGGGACAAUUUUGAUUCGAUCACCCUAUGGUCGCGGAAUUCCCAUUGUUAUACCAGCACGCGCAUAUGCUGCAAGAGGCUAUCAAGUACUCUUUGUGAGCUCUCGUGGUACUUUUGGAUCCGGUGGCGAGUUUGAUCCAUUCGUGACGGAGUUGCACGAUGGCAAGGCUGUUGUGGAAUGGAUGCGUGAACAAGAUUGGUAUACCGGCACCUUUGCCACGGUUGGAAAAUCUUAUCUCGGAUUCGUGCAAUGGGCUUUGCUAUGUGAUCCGCCUGAAGAUCUGGUCGCUGCUGUCCCGGCGGUCAGUCCACAUGAUUUCUCUCGGAUCAUCUGGGGAAGUGGAGCUUUCAACCUUGAUGUGGUUAGGUUUGGGGAUGUGAUUGUGAAACAAGAGAAACCGCUUCGUUGCUGGGAUAGUCUGAUGUCGUUUUGGUCGACUAAAUUCGAGGGCGUGUUCGGUAGUCUUCCUCUGGCUCAGGCAAUUCAGGCUCAUCAACGUGGAGAAACACCUUGGCUGGAGAGGAUGCUCGAGAAGCCUGACAUUUCCGAUCCUUACUACGCACCAAUGCAGCUUGGACAGGCACUUGAGCGGGCAAAUAUACCCAUACUCAUCAUCACUGGAUGGUAUGACCUACUUCUUGAGCAGUCAAUGGAGCAAUACCUGCGACUGAAGGAGAGGGGAUGUAAGGUGGCCUUGACCGUCGGACCCUGGACACAUUUGAAGAGUGGUUUAGCACCCCAAAUGAGCCGACAUGGAUUCGAUUGGAUAGAAGAACACCUUGCGGGGUCUGAAGAGGCGAGCCGUUUCGUUCCCGUGGAGUAUUUCGUAACUGGCGCGCAAGAGUGGAGGAAAGCUGCUUCAUUUCCUCCACACACUAUACCUUCAACUCUUUACUUGCAUGAAGGUGGGAAGCUACUAAGAGAGCCUCCUUCGAGCGAGUCUGGAAUUUCAAAAUUCACAUUUAAUCCGCGUCAACCGACUCCGACUAUUGGAGGCAAUGGUUCACUCUCCGUAAAGGGGAGUUGCAAUGAUACGGCCCUUGCAAAACGAAGCGAUGUCCUAGUCUUCGACUCCACUCCUCUUUUCGAAGACCUUGAGAUUUGCGGCAAACCCACCAUCGAUCUUGCUCACUCAACUAGCAGCCCAUUUGCUGAUGUCUUUGUACGAAUUAGCGAAGUGCACGAGGAUGGAAAGUCACACAACAUUACAGAAACUUUCAAGCGUCUGGACCCAAAUCGCGAUGAAGGUGUAGAAGUGAAGCUGGCACUGAACUACUGCGCGCAUCGCUUUUUGAGGGGGAAACAGAUUCGAGUAAUUGUCGCUGGGGGGAAUUUUCCUCAGUAUGCGAGAAAUCAUGGUGUGAAGAAUGAGGACAAUAGGGGAAGCGAGACAUGUGCUGUUGAGCACAUUCUUCACCACGAUGCUAUUCGCAUGUCGAAGGUUGUGUUGCCUGUAUCAUCUACAAUUCUGGGGUGA